AUGCAACUACUGAUUUGUUCUAAACGACCUUGUCACUUUUUUAGUUCUGGCUAUGCCAUUCUUAUCAUAGUUUGCUUAUCGAUGAGAAACACAGCACUAGCUGAAUACGAUUGCUCUGCGAAAGAUGAUGGCUGGUAUUACGAUCCAGAGUUUUGUCAUAUCUAUUGGCGUUGUACACAUGGCUCCGCAGAGGAAUUUGAAUGUGCGAGUGGAACGGCUUGGGACCAUACGGCGAACCGUUGUAAUUGGCUUGAUAGUGUAGAUUGCUCUCGUGCUGAGAAGACGACACCGAAAAUCAGCUCUGAAGAAGAAGACGAACAAGAAAACACGAAUGAGGAAAACGAAGAAGAAGACGAAGCACCAAGUGAACAAGUGAUCAAAUCGAAAAAGAAAAAGAAAAAAACUACGUCUAAUAAACGAAUGUUAGACGAUGAAGACGACGAAACUGAUCAUACUACAACAUCACGAAAAAAAGCGUCCACGGAUUCGUCGAGCUCAGAAUCGAACAAAGCAUCUACCCUACCACCGACGCAUGGAAAAUACAGUAGCAGUCUUUCUGGUUUUGAAUGUCAACUAACAGGUUUCUAUUCUGUUCCUGAUCCAACACAAUGCAAUUCCUACUACCAGUGUGAUCGAGGCAUUCAAACUCGACUGAGUUGCGCGGAAAAACAACUAUACGACGAAGAGAAACGUCAAUGUAUGGACUUCGAUCGUGUUAAUUGCGGAACUCGAGCAGUCAAUCUAGCAGAUAAAAACCAAUGUGUUAACAAACGCGAUGGCAUACAUCCCGAUACUGAACGCGGCUGUCAUUAUUAUUAUCAAUGUGCCUCACACAACAAAUUGCGCGAAGCUAAAUGUCCGGGUGAUGAAAAAUUCAGUAGUUACACAACCCGAUGCGGUCCGGCUAGCAGUGCUCCAGUUCCAUGUGGUACUUAUGUUCUCGGAAGUGCAACAAUUCCAUAUCAUCGAAAUCUUGGCUAUUUCAUAUCGUUCCUGCUCGCAACAAUCUAUUUUACUCUUAUUGAUCUUUGA